UCGGACGGGGUCAUAAAUGAAGUUUUACAAGGAAAGACAAGUUUAGCGGUGUUUUCGAGUCAUUUGAAUUGUUGAAGCGUAUGUAACCUUUCAGAUUACUGUCGAGUUAAAUCAACCAGUGUUAACGACAGUGAACCGUCAGUGUUGAAUGGAGCAGCUCGGUGCUGGAUGAAGCGCUGCACGUCAGGAAGAGUCUUCAGUACAGUGCGCUCUAGGUUAGUUUUGGGGAUCGAGACGAGCUGCGAUGAGACCGGAGCGGCUGUGCUGGACGAGACUGGAGUGAUUCUGGGGGAAUCUCUGCAUUCUCAGAAACAGACACACCUGGACGCGGGUGGAAUUAUCCCAACUGUGGCCCAACGCCUACACAGAGAAAACAUCUCUAAAGUUGUCCAGGAGGCCUUAGACAGAAGUGGCAUUGAACCCAGUGAACUCACAGCUGUGGCCACAACAGUGAAGCCUGGUCUCGCCCUUAGCUUAGGGAUCGGCUUGGAUUUCAGUCUGAAGUUUGUGAGACUUCAUGAAAAGCCGUUCAUCCCUAUACACCAUAUGGAGGCACAUGCCCUCACUGUAAGAAUGCUACACCCCGUAGACUUCCCUUUUCUUGUGCUCCUUGUCUCCGGGGGUCAUUCUCUUCUUGCAUUGGCCAAAGGAAUAGAUGAAUUUCUUCUUCUGGGGCAAACAUUGGAUGCAGCAGCCGGGGACACUUUAGAUAAGAUUGCUAGAAGACUUUCUCUUAGGAAUCACCCAGAGUGCUCGUCUUUGAGUGGUGGACAAGCCAUAGAGCUUCUGGCAAAAGAGGGGGAUCAGGAGCUCUACGACUGCAAUUUCUCUUUUGCUGGUUUGCGAAACCAGGUGACACUGGCAAUAAGCAAAAAAGAGAGAGAAGGUGUUGAAAAAGGUCAGUUAUUAUCAUGCGUUAAAGACAUCGCCGCUGCCUCACAACACACUAUGGCUUCUCAUAUAGCCAAACGAACACAUCGUGCCAUUUUGUACUGUAAAUCCAAAGGUCUUCUACCACAGCAUAAUCCAACUCUGGUUGUUUCAGGGGGAGUAGCAAGUAAUGAAUACAUCAGACGGACUCUGAAAAUUGUCACAGAUGCCACUGGAUUGCAUCUGCUUUGCCCUUCGUCAAAGUUUUGCACUGAUAAUGGAGUCAUGAUUGCAUGGAAUGGCAUAGAGAGACUAAAGCAAGGAAAGGGGAUCAUGUCCCAUUGCGAAGAGGUCAACUAUGAACCCAAGGCACCACUUGGAUUAGACAUCACUUCAGAAGUUAAAGAUGCUGCAAUCAAAAUUCCCCCAUUAAAACUGAGGAUAAAUUCUUGACAUUGUGUCGAAAGAACAUUUCCUACAUAUUAAUAAAAGAUUAUUUAUUUUAAGAAA